CAAUUGAAUCUGCGCAGGGAAGGUUCGGCCCAUCUCCGGCUGAGGCGGCUGAGGCUGAACUUGAGCUUGAGCUUGAGCUUGAGCCGGUGGUACCUGCCACUUGUUUCCAGUCUGUCCCGGUGGCUGGAACUCUAACCCAGGAUUGACGACCCGCUGCCGAUUAUCGCCGUCCAUCUUCAAGUAUUCCAUCGUAACUUCGGAGGGUAUUAUAUCUUAUUCCUAAAUCGCUUUAUGUUCUGACCGGCUUAUUGUUGUAAGAUCUAGAAAUCGAAUUGCUGAUCUUAUGCUUUGGAGUUUGGUUAAAUAAUGGCUGCGGUCGGAAGUCAGUUGAAGAAGUCUAGCGUUGGUGGUUCAGGACGGAGUAAGGAAGAAGGAGAAAUGCCAGACGAGGAGCAGCUGGAACUAAGUAUGAAGCAGCUGAAUCUCCUACACAUCAAGUGCCGGGAACUGAGAACAACUAUCCAGCGCAUGCUCGAGGCUAUCCCGAACAACUCUACUGCUGAGGAAGUCUAUGAGUGUUUCGUUAAGUCAGUCGUCACCGCAAGCACUCAGAUUAAAGACUUCAAUACCCUUUACAACAGCGAGGAGAGCAAGAGGGUCUUUGAUCAAGCUAAGAAGAGUCGCGAUGCCAACCCUAAAGGCAUCAAACCUUGGCGUGCUAAAGAUCACCCCGACUGGUUGGAUCUUGCUCAAUAGAGCUCCCUCCACUUGAUUAAUAGAGGUUGAUAUUUUUAUAAAAAAACAGUCGACAUCACCGGGCCGGGCUACAGGGUUUUCUAGUGUUUCGGCAUUAUAGCGGCGUUUGGUCAACGGCAUAGUGGCGUUACGGUGGGUUCAUGCUUACGUAGAUAUCCAACAUACACAAUACCGCCUAAAAGACAUUGAUAUGGAAGUUCCAUUGUGCUUGAUAUCUCAUUGUACUAUGUUAUUUAUGUGGCUAUCUUAAGGAACUACGUAGGUUAAGUAUGACGAGGCUGUACUCAACCACGUUUAUCAAAAACUAGAUCUUUUUUGGACAUUGGAGAGAGUUGUGUACAUAGGUGCAUAUUGCUGACCUACUAACUUCAAUGUUCUCUUCCUCAAGAUUGGUCUCUUCGUAUCUUCAUAGUAUCCAGAUCGCUCCAUAUUAAGUAAAGGAGUCAUUCAGGCCUGACCCAUUUUGGAGAGUUUUAUGUAAUGAGCUUAGGAC